AUGGGGAAGUCCACUACGUUGGAGGCUUUGGUAAGAUUUUGUGAUGCAGUUGAAAAUCUGUACACUAGGGACUACCUGCGUAGACCUACUCCCAGGGACCUCCAAUGGCUUCUACAAAAAGCCGAAGCUCGAGGAUUUCUAGGAAUGAUUAGUAGCAUCGAUUGUAUGCACUGGCAAUGGAAGAAUUGCCCAACUGCCUUGCAAGGUGAUUAUGGAAAUAGAAAAGGCCAAAAAAGUAUCAUCCUGGAAGCCGUUGCUGGAUUCGACACAUGGGUUUGGCAUGCCUUCUUCGGAGUUGCCGGAUCCCAAAAUGACCUCAACGUGCUGGGUCAAUCUCCGGUCUUCAACGAUGUUUUGAAAGGCCAUGGCCCCAAUAUCACCUAUCAAGUCAACAAUACAGUCUACUAG